UGGAGGGAUGAGAGACAGACGGAGAUAGAGACAGCAGACGGACAGACGGAAGGAGGGAGGUCUAUCCUCUGGCAGCUGGGCCUCUAGUUGGUGUGUGUGUGUGUGUGUGUGUGUGUGUGUGCUGGAGGAGAAACAGCUGAUUGGAACACACACGUCGGAGGGUGGAGCCAUGAUGGGCAAGGAUUACAUGUUAGCCAUCAUCAUUGUUAACUAUGAAGAUAACAUCUGGACGGACCAGAACCUGCUGCUGGACCCGGACCUCCCCUCGGGCUGGAGGACCAUCAAAGACUCCACAGGAACCUACUACUGGCACGUUCCCACCGGCGCCACCCAGUGGCAGCACCCGUGCCACAGCAGCCAGCCUGAGCCCCAGAGCCAGCAGGAGGAUGCAGUACAGACCUCCAGUGGACAGACAGACAGACCAGCAGGCCCUGAGGACAGGUCCUCCUGGCAUGAAGACUACCUGACGAACCACGACCCCGACUCCAAGUGCUUCACGGUGCGCUCGCUGGGCUGGCUGCAGGUGGAGGAGGAGGAGCUCUCUCCCGGCCGCAGCAGUCUGGCCGUCAGCAACGUCAUUCAGCAGCUGUCGCACUCCAGCAGCCCCGAGCAGAAAGACAGGCUGGGGGCCUGGGGGGAGGGGCGGGAGAUGAUGCUGGUUCUGAAGAAAGACACUCUGACUCUAUUGGACCCACUAGACCACACCCCCCUCCACUGUCAGCCAAUCAUCAACAUCCGAGUGUGGGGGGUGGGCUGCAACAACGGCAGGGACAGGGACUUUGCCUUUGUGGCGGGCGAUAAGGACAGCUGUAUGUUGAAGUGUCACGUGUUUCGGUGCGACGCCCCGGCCAAAGCCAUCGCCACGGCGCUGCACGACAUGUGCUCCAAGAUGAUGUCAGAGAAGGCGCUGAUGAGGCCGUCCCGCUCCCUGACCAUGGAGAGCAUCUCACCUGAAGAUCUGCCCAGGCAAGUGGAGUUCCUGGAGGCUGUGAGGCAGCAGGUGCAGAAGUUUGAGGUCCAGUACAUCGGGAACCUGCCGGUGUCCAGAGCAAUGGGUAUGGAGGUGCUGAACAGAGCAAUAGAGAGCAUCAUGAACGCCACAGACAGAGACGACUGGGAACCGACCGUCAUUCAUGUGUCAGACACCGUCCUGUCGCUGUGGAAAGGAGAGGAAGGGGAGGAGCCUUUCUGGGAGUGUCAGGUUCGUUUCCUGACGUUUCUGGGCGUCGGCCAUGACAGCCACACCUUCGCUGUGAUCGUGGACGGCGGCACUCAGCGCUUCGAGUGUCACGUGUUCUGGUGCGAGCCGGACGCCGGCGUCAUCUCCGAGGCUGUCCAGGCUGCAUGCAUGGUUCAGUACCAAAAAUGUCUGGUGGCUCAGACUCCUCCUUUGCGGACCAAAUCGUGGCGCAUGACCCCAUCCAAGGUCAAACGGGCAAACUCCAUGGAUGGCUCCACCUUCCCCCCACUGCCCUCCUGUUACCAAGGCAACAGCACAACCACAGCACUGGCGAGGGUAACCAAGGGCAACAGCAGCAGCAGUGGCAGCAACAACAGCGUGAGGAAGGGGAUGCUGGCAUUCUUUGAAACUUUCCGCAACAAGCAGACUGCCACCUCCUAGUGACAUUGGGCAGGGGGGAGGGGGAGGGUGGUGAUGAUGAUGGUAAUGGUGGUGGUCAGAGCCACUCGUAUACAGAGUUAACCAGGGAUGUGUUGUGGUCGUCUCCAGGAGGAAAAUGUGUUCGCUGUGAUUCAGAACAAAGUCCAUCAUACCAACGUGGCGAUGCAUCGAAGGUCUUAGGCGUUGUUCAGACUGCCCGCCCAAAUCCAUUUUUUAUCAUAUCCAGAUUGUAUCCAGAUUGAUUUUAGACAAUCUGGAUAGCCAAAAAAAAAAAA